UUUAGAAAAAAGAAGAAGAGACGACAAGUCAGUUGCUACUUAUCAACUUAUCAAUGUCUUGUUUUUCUUCAAUUUUUUAUGGUUAGGAAUAUUUGAACAAUUUCAGAGCUGUGAUAGAUGUGAUAAUUGUUAUAAUCAAAUUUACCAAUUAAGUAAUGGAAGGAAAGAAAGUAAAUAAUUUCCAACCCAUUGAAGAAAUAGUCUUAAUGAGACACGUUGAAUACUAUGUGAGUGCAGUGACUGACUGCAGUUCCCGAUUCAAUUAUUCUAAUAGCGUUUAUUAUUCCCCCCGCAAUUUAAUCGGAAGAUAUGAAAGGUAUCCUGCUUAUGGCGAUUUUCCUGAAACGUAUUCUCUUAGAACUUAUGGAACCUGGUGGAAGGAAAGUGAAGGGUAUCAAUCAGAUUACAGACCACAAGAUGCCGAUCCUUUAGGUGCUCAAGAUUUUCUAGUUGUUAGAUUCGAAGGUCCAGCCAUUCCAAGGCAAAUUUUCAUUUAUGAAGUUUACAAUCCAGGAGCAGUUGUACGAAUUUGGGGAAAAAUCGUGUAUAAAAUCGAUUUGCCUUGGAAAUUGCUAUGGGAGGGACCACCACAAACUCACUCUCAUAACUCCAGACUAUUUCAGCCUCAAAUCACACCAAUCAACGAGAUGAUUAAUUCAAUCCGAUUAGAGUUUAACCAAAGCCACCUUGAAUAUCAUUAUUCUAUAGAUGCUAUAUUGUUGGGAGGAUUUCAACCCUGGAGCGAUCUGAUGAAUACAAUUUUUCUUGAAGGCUUUACCGCUAUUUCUAUACCUAAAGGAAAAAGAGCUAUUCAAAACAUUCCAAAUAUCAAUGAAAAGCAAGAUAUAAUCUCGUAUUUACCUUAUGAACUGUUGGUGCACAUAUUCCAGUUCUUAGAUUUGAAAUCUUUAAGCAAAUGUGCUCAAGUAAGUCGUAAAUGGAAAUUGAUUUCUGAAGAGCAAUCCCUCUGGCAAAGUAUAAAUUUGAAGCCUUACUGGCACCUGGUCAACUAUUCCACAUUGAACUAUUUCAAACAAAAAUGCAAAAAUUUGAAAAAAUUGGACUUGUCUUGGUGUGGAAAUGAUUUAGAUAGUUUGGGUUUUGCUUGUUCAUC